UGGUCUCUGCAGAUAUCGGACUUUGCAAACAAUGUAGCAAAAGUGCUGAAUGUCAGCGAUACUGAUGGAGAAAACAACGCCACUCUGACCACAUCUAUACCCGGCAUCGUAGCGAGAAUUCGUUGCCACGCAACAUCACCGGCGUUGUCUAGUGUUGCUGUCAAAUGCUAUAGUAAUAAACGGUGUUUUACCUAAUUUUGUCGCUUUCUUUCACAUCGACAUUGUGCGUUUACAUUUCAAUGAUGAGAAAGCGAAAUAACUCUCUCACCGUGGAACAUGAAAACUCUACUACCAAAACAUUGCUGGACACAAGACCGGAUUUAAACUACUGUUACAAGAGAGGGAAAGUGGUUGACGAGCCUGGUGUCCAAUUUCGCUCGGAAUCUGACAAAACAACAGGCAGACGAUUUAGACGAUAUGUCCUAAUGGGCAGAUUGAAGAGGAUCCUCCUGUUGGUGCUGGGAGUCUACAUAACCAUCCCCUUCAUCGUCAAACUAUGCCCCUCCAUUCAGGCAAAAAUUGUAUUUUUGAAUUUUGUGAGGCUGCCCUAUUUCAUUGACCUGAAAAGGCCGCAGGACCAUGGCCUGAACCACACAAUCAACUUCUACCUUCAGCCAGAGAUGGGCAUCAACAUUGGUGUAUGGCACACAGUCCCAUCCCAGAUGUGGAAGGAGGCUCAGGGGAAGGACAGAGAGUGGUAUGACAGUACCUUAAAAUCCCCCUAUCCAGUCAUGCUGUACCUUCACGGCAACGCGGGUACAAGAGGAGGGGACCAUAGAGUUCAACUGUACAAGGUCCUUAGUGCAUUAGGCUACCAUGUAGUCACAUUUGAUUAUAGAGGUUGGGGUGAUUCAGACGGGAGCCCCUCUGAGAGAGACAUGACGUCAGAUGCCCUGUUCCUCUACCAGUGGGUGAUGGAGAGGGUGGGGAGCAAACCCCUCAACGUCUGGGGCCACUCGCUGGGAACAGGGGUGGCCACUAACCUAGUCAGACGUCUGUGUAACAUAGGGACGCCACCAAACUCCUUAGUCUUGGAAUCUCCAUUCACCAACAUCCGAGAGGAGGCCAAGAGCCAUCCCUUCUCUAUGGUCUACCGCUACUUUCCAGGCUUUGAAUGGUUCUUUAUAGAUACCAUAUCAGCAAAUGGCAUUCGAUUUGCCAGUGACGAAAAUGUGGACCACAUAUCCUGUCCAUUGCUCAUCCUUCAUGCUGAGGAUGACUCAGUCGUACCCUUUCAUCUAGGGAAGAAGCUGUACAACAUAGCUUCUCAGUCCAAGAGCCUGAGUGGACACAAGGUCCAGUUCAUCCCCUUUCCUGUCUCACUGUCCUACAAGCACAAGUUAAUCUAUAGGAGUCCUGAGCUGCCACACAUACUCAGUGACUUCCUUGGCACGAUUCAUCCCCAUGCUUAACUGACGACCAUUUCCUCUCAAAUCACCCCCACUCACAGACACACAUUGUCUAGCACACGUACUGAAACUCUUCCACUGUACGCUUUAUGAAAUAGUGUGUACAUAUAUUAUAAAACAUUGAAACGCACAUGCAUGGACUGAAGAAGAUGCAACCAUUCCUUUAUUUAGCAUUCCUUUGACACCUAAAAUACCUGCAAGACAAAAACGGAACACUGGCGAAGAGAUGGGGAUGGACAACUGGCUUGGCUUGGCUUGUUGUCAAGGUUACACAAACCAAGAGGAUGGCUUGAGCACAAAUAAGAUGAAAUAUGCACUAAUUUUAAGGAGCCAAGACGUCAAAAACCUAAUGGAGUGAGAAGAACAGUGGAUCGAGACGGGACAGUGUUUUUAAUUGCAUGAUGUUUGGGGAAUAUACAUUCACCAACUGGGGUAAGAAGGAGAAGGGUUGGUCUACUACAGGACCUGGAGAUGUCUUCAUUUUACAACUCAUCUGCAGCAUACAGAAAAUGAUCUGUCAAUACCAGUCCAGUGGAUCUUUUAACCUGUGUAUUUUCCCAAUUUUAUUUUUGUUGUUACAUUACAGACAGAUCAUGACUUAAAUGUAUCUGUUUUAUUAUUUUUGACUGAUCUCAGAUAUAUUUUGGAUUUCUCAUUGAGGACAUACACUACCGGUCAAAAGUUUUAGAACGCCUA